AUGGUUUUCGUGCGUGAUGGAUGGCUGGAUAAAUUUAAAAAACGAUUUGGUAUCCGUCUAUUAACCAUAUCAGGUGAAAAAUUAACAAGCGAUGAAUCUGCAGUACAGCCUUUUAUCGAGCAUUUUAAAAACAAAGUAGAAGAACUGAGUCUUCUUCCUGACCAAAUCUAUAACGCAGACGAGAGUGGUCUGUUCUGGAGACUGUUGCCCAAUAAAACGUUCGUAUCUGCUGAAGAAGCAAGUGCACCAGGUCGUAAAGUGAGUAAAGAUAGAAUCACCUUCAUGCCGUGUUCAAAUGCUACUGGAACAAACAAAUUGGAUUUGUUAGUGAUUGGCAAAGCAAAAAAUCCCAGAGCUUUCAAGAACAUUUGUCUGCCAGUCUGCUACAAGAAUCAAAUUAAAAGUUGGGUCACGAGAGAGGUAUUUAGUGAAUGGUUUCAUAAAGACUUUGUCCCAGAAGUCGAGAAGUUUAUGAAAAGAUCAAACUUGCCCAUAAAAGCUUUACUCGUACUUGACAAUGCUCCAGGCCUCCCAAAUGAACAAGAACUCAAAUCAAGUGAUGGGAAUAUCCAAGCCAUCUUCGUACCACCAAACUGCACACCUUUACUGCAGCCGAUGAAUCAAAAUGUUAUCCAGAAAAUAAAGUCUUUGUAUAAAAAUAAAUUGCUGAUCCAUAUUAUAUCUCAGGAUGGUGAUGUAACGCAGAGCCUUAAAGGAUUCAAUUUGAAGGAUGUUGUAUUCUCUCUCGCUCAUGCUUGGAAUUCUGUUUCUCCGAACUUAAUCCAAUCUUCAUGGAAAAAGUUAUGGCCUACUAUGAAUGAUGUAUCAGAAACAGAAGAAACAAAUAAAUGGGAUACUGAGGAUAAUGUGCCUAUUGCCGAUUGGGUUCAAAAUCUAUCAGAAAAAGGAUUGGAGACAAGUAAAGAAAAUUUGAAUUCUUGGUUUGAAGGAAUCGAAGAAACAGAGGAAAUUAUGACUGAUGAAGAAAUUGUAUUUGAAGCAGUACAAGAAGAAAGCUCUGUAGAAAUAUUGGAGCCACCAACUACUACAACUGCUGUAAGAGUUAAACCAGAUGAUGCAUUGACUUGUUUCAAUACAUGCAUAACAUGGGCAAAAGAAAACGGCAUAUCUGCCAAAGAUAUUAUAAUUCUUCGCAACAUGCGAGAAAAGGUUUUUAAGCAAGGACUACAAGUUGCACAAAAGCAGACCUCAAUUAAGGAUUAUUUCAAAUCUAGUUAA